AUGACUGACCCCCCCAAACCACGGCGCAAGGUCGCAUCCCAGAUCUCUGCCUCCUCCACCCCCUCUUCCACCCCCAACCGCCAGCCAUUCAAGCCCACCGUCCGCGCCAAAGUCACCCCAGGCAACAUUGCCACCCCGCCAUCAAGAGAUGAUCGUCCAGGACUGCAGAGGCCGCCGUCGGCAAGUUCGAUCAGGUCGUACGUGACGGCGCCGCCCUCUGUCUCGAGGGCGAGAUCGCCAGUAACGCCUGCGAUUUCGCCGAGUACUGUUUCGAGGAUAGCAGCUCGGCCGCCUCAGCGUUCGCCUUUGACGGGUGUUUCGCGUUCUUCACCAGCCCCAGGUCCGUCGGGGACGUCGACACCUACCAUCGCGCGUGUCAAGGCUCGAUCCGUCAUCGGUUCAUCGCCUUCCCCUUCUUCUGCACCCUCCGCUUCGUCUUCUCUGUCAUCACGGCAGACGCCUGAAGCGCAGGUGAGGAGGAAUGCAGCGGACAAGGCGGCCAGUGCGCAGAUGGUCGGGAGGACGAGGACGAAUUCGUUGAGGAGCGCCGUCAGUACGAACACGACAUCUGGCGGGGAACGGGCACCUGUUGCUCGCUUAAGACCGACAAAGGCUGCUUCGACGCCUGACGCUACCUCGCUCGGUAUCCCCUCAUCAGCCCCUUCACCGACAAGGAUAGCAGAACCCUCAGGGCAUACAUCACCAGCACCAGUAAACGGUCUAGGCGUAGACGGUGCCAUAUUUGCAUCUUCCGGGUGGCCCCAAACAUCCUCCCCUCCCUCCCACUCCCCAUACGCCAUACCCCUACCAGCCCCUCCAAUGGAACGUUCCCCAACAUCCUCCACCUCCAUCACCACCAACCGUACCAUCCAAAUACCCCAUCCCACAGCCUCAGCACCCACCUCUCCAGCUCCUGGCUCUUCCCACCGCUUAUCUACAGAUGCGCCUCUGACGGCACCGAGGGCGAGGGGGUGGUCGAAGAGUAGACUACCGGCACAUGCGUUUGUGCACCAGCAGCAGCAGCAGAAGUGGCCGCCGGGUUUGCCUUUGCCGCCGUCGAGCCCGGAGUUGAGGCCGGUGGCUUUGCCGGUUCUGACGCCGGGGGUGAGUACGCCUGGAAGUUCGCCGGGGGCGGGGAGGUGGGGUGGGCACUUGGGGGAGGCUUCGAGAGGUGAGACGGGCCAGGAGUUGGGAGGGGAGGAAUGGGAGAGGGAGAGGAAGGGGAGUGAGGGGAGUGGGAGGGAUGAGAGUGAAGUUUCCGCAGGGCUACUUUCGCCCGGCUCUGGCUCUGGGAGGCAAAGCCUGUCGAGGGCGUUACGCCAAAUGAACCUCGGGCCAAACGGGCUGCCUUAUGAGAAUGGUCACAAAAUCGAGGGUUUACCGGGCGGCGAGUCGUUACCCAAUGAUACGGAUCACAAUGGCCUGGAAGCGCAAGGAGGCGAGGGAGGAGAAGGAGGGGAUAGAGAUGAUGAAGUUGAUGAUAUGCUUGGAGGGACUGCAGAACAGGCCAAGAUCAACCGCAAAAUUGCGGACCUUGAGAUAAGCAAUGCCAGUUUGAUGGCUAUCAACAAGAUGCUUGAGACGACGAAAUCAAAACAACGCGCUGAAAUCGUCAAACUCCGUCGUCGCUUACGCGAAACCCUCUCCCACCACCCCCACCCCAAUCACCACCCUUCCCACCCCCACUCCGCAUUAUCACCCCUCUCCGCAUCAUCCUUCCCCCACCCCCAAACAUCACCCACCCUCUCAGCCCUCACAUUCGACGAAGACCCCGACCACGACCACCUCCAAGACGACUAUCACGAUGCCGAAAUGGCCGACCCCCAGCUCGACGCGCGGUGGGACAGCAUACAGACGCUUGUUUUGGAGAUGCAAGAGAAAGCAAGGGAAGCUGUGAAGACGGAUGCUGGUAGGACGUUGGGCAAGGAGCGGGAAGGGGUGGGCGGGGGAAGGGUGUUGGGGUGGGUGGAGGUUGAAGCUCGGGAUAGAGAAGACGGGGAUGGGGAAGGGGAUGUGUCGGUGGAUUCGGAGGGGACGCCGGUGGAGACUAUUAUCGAUGAUCUCCUGGGAGGGGAAGGGGAGGGGGAGGAAAGCGGGACGGACGAUGAAAGACCGCCGAGGAGGGGGUCGUUCUAG